CGUAAGCCCUACACUCCCUAGCGCAACUUGCAACUUUGCCAGCCAUGGCGCUGCCAGCUAAAUACGCCCGCGCCGCGCUGUGUGCUUGCGUCUACUACCACUACCACUCAGCUUCUUCUUCUUCUUCUUCUUCGCGCGCGAGAGCUUGGUCUACCUAGCUAGCUAGCUGUUCUUGGGGGGAUCGAGAUGAGCGAUCCCAGGUACGCCUACCCGUACCCUUCUCAAGGUUAUUACAACCAGGGGCCGUACCAGGGGCCGCCGGUGAUGGCGCCGCCGCACGCGCAGUACCAGUACCAGUACGCGCAGCCGCCACCGCCGCCGCGGCAGCCGGGCUUCCUCGAGGGAUGCCUCGCCGCCCUCUGCUGCUGCUGCUUGCUCGACGAGUGCUGCUGCGACCCCUCCGUCAUAUUCGUCACCUGAAGACGACGACGGCGACGAGGAAGAAGAAGAUGGGAGGCUUAGCUGAUUUCGUCCAUGUUAAUAUGUCUGCAGUGUACAAGGUCGAUUAGUUGAUGCUUGGUUGUUCAGUUGCUUGUAGCUUGCCUAUCUUUGUUCAGUUGUUUUCUCCUCUAUUUUUUUUCUUUCUUCUUGCCUACUAUCUCCGUUCUAUAAAAAACUAAAUUCUGAAGUAUGAAUCUGGACUUAGGCUACGUCCGAGUUUAAAUUCGUAGCUAGAAGUUGUUUUUUUAUUGGACGGAGGGAGUAUUUACUACUACAAAUCAAUUUGUGUAUCGAUUCAGCAAUACUAUUGUGGCAGUUGUAUGAGAUGGAGAUCAUGUAUGUUUUUUUUUUGGAAGUGAGCAUGUAUGGUGGUGUUUUGAUGA